AUGAAUCGCCCGUCCUUCAGGCCGCGGCCAGUGGACAUCAAUAAGAAGCUCGCGAUCGUCCGAUCGACAGACGAGCUGAACGCGGAGGACGAGGGCAUCCUGCCCGCACCGUCAAAGAAGGGACCGUCCGUGGAGAUCCCGACACCUCACUGCGGCGUGGUCGAAGCGUACGACAAGCUGUACCCGGCGAACUUUCGCCAACCGUCGUCGUACAUUCGCAGCAAGCACGUGCGGCAGGACGACGGGGUGUACGUGGAGUAUGAUCUGGAUGACGAGGACGAGGACUGGCUGGAAGUGCUCAACCAGAACAGGCUGCUGCUCGCUGCAGACAGGCUGGAGUGGAUGAUCUACCAGAUGGAGCUCCUGGAUGCGCGGGCGAGGGCCAAGGCAGGGACGGCCAUGCUGGCAGGCGCGGUGGACCAGACGGGUGCUGCUGGGCAGGUGUCAUCUGGGGGGGUGCGAGUGCCGGUCCUGCUGCAGCAGCAACAAGCUGUCGAUUCGUUGAGAGCACAAGUACCAAGGCAGGCCAUCAUCGCUGCAGCGUACGACUACUGGCGGUCCAAGAGGGAGCGAUGGGGGAAACCCAUUUUGCGGCGCCUGCAGCCCUCGCCUGCCAUCACCGACACGAACCCCUUCAACGUUUUCCGACCGAGAGAGAGAGCCCACCGGCCCAACACACGGCGGAUGCAGCGGAGGGAGAAUGACAUGGCAUCAUAUGAAAAGCUCGUGCGGGUCCAGAAGAACAUUGAAGAUGCCUUGCAACUGGCACAGGCUGUUGAGAGAAGGGAGGAGAGGAAGCGUGAGCUAAUCAAUUGCGAAGUGGCGUUGCAGCAAGCAGCGCUCUCGGAUCGGGAAAUCACGGUGCAACAAGCAGAGGCCCUUGGGAUCAUCCCAGACCUCUCCUCCUGGAUCCCCAAGCCUUUCCCUGGAGCCACCUCAGAAGACCAGCACCACCAGCAGCAGCAGCAGCAAUACCAGCUCCUACCACCUCCUGCUGGCACUACCAUCACCGCCACCAGCACCACCAGCACCGGCGCCCCUACCUUUGCCACUCUAGGUGGCCUCCCUCCCGCAAAUCACUUUGACAAUAUCCUCUCGGUCACUCGCCGCCGAGGCUCCGUCGGAGCAGGAGGGAUCGCAGCAGCAGGAUCAGCCGCAGCUGCAGCAGGGGGGACGUUACCAGGAGCAGCAGGAGGCUGGGCUGGGUGGUUACCAGACGCUGCGACUGUAACCUCAGGGCCGGUAACCGAUGCAGUGUCGCCUCUAGACCAUCUGCUCCCGCUCCUGAAGAAGAAGAGGCGGAGGCAGGUGGUGUUUCCCCGAGGGGGCAGGCUGAGUCGCGUGCUUCGUAGCGCCCCUCCUCCUGACAUACCCAUGCCGUUCACCCGCUCGUUUUCCCUCGAGCAGCUCGCUGCUCUGCACAUACAGCCGCCUCUGCUCUCCCACCGGCCCCCUCCGGUGUCCCUCUGGCCUCUUCCUCCUGAUUCACUCUGCCUUUCACCUCUGGUACCGUCAUCUGUAUCGGUGGUGGAGGGGAGAGAAGCGGUGAGGGAGGGUGUAGAGUUCAGGGUGAGGGGGAGGGUAGGCAGGGGGGGGAGGUUGAUAUUCGAUCGCUGGGAUGUGAUGGAAGGAAGGCCGUUAGUGGCGCCUGCACCUGCUAUCACUGCUGUUCCUGCUGCCGUGCCUUGUGCCAUUCCUGCUGCCGUACCUGCUGCUCCGGCUGUUGCCGUGCCUGCUGCCGUGCCUGCUGCCGUACCUGCUGCUGCGGCUGUUGCUGGGCCUGCUGCCGUGCGAGAGGCAAACGAGAAGGAUUUGGCACCAAAUGCGUCCAUGCAGAAUGACCUGCAGAGUGCACCAACUGACCUGUCCUUGAGUGGAGCUGUAAGGAAGGAUUUAACCGUCAGCGCUGCUGCUAGGGAGGACUCUCAUCCUCCAGCAACAGCAGCAACAGCAGCAGCAGCUGCUGGAAGCUCAGAUGCCUCUACUGGUGUAUCAGCAGCGGGGAACAGUGCUGUUCCUGCUCCUCCUGCCUCCGCUCGUUCUCCUGCUCCAACUGUGCAUGCAUCUGCACCAUUCAACAGCCCUAUUCCUUCCACUGUCCCACCCUUUACUCCUCAAUCGAAGUCCGCUGCUCCUCCUGCAUUCAAUGCUGCACCUGCUACUGUUGCUGGGACUGGUGGUACUGCUGCUCCUCCGUCUGCUGCUGCUGCUGCUGCUGCUGCUGCUGCUGCUGCUGCUACAUCCCAAUCUGCAGCCAUUACCAACCAUUCCGCCACCGCAGCAAUUGCUGCUGUUCCUCACACACGAGCCCUUGCCCCUUUUCCUUCCCCUGCACCUACCUCUGCCCGUGCUUCUGCUGCUGCCGCUGCCGCUGUGCCUGGAACCACUAGACCCAUGACAAAUGUCAAUGGUGCGGGUAUAGGGUCCAAACCUGGACCCAACACUACUGCUGCUGCUGGUGGGGUAGCUUAUAGACGUUCAAACAGUGGAAAGGCUUUUGGGAUAGGCUCUUCCCAACCCGCAGCUGGUGGUAAUGCAGCGGAUGUAGGAGGAGCAAGGGGUGGAGUGGGUGUCGGAGGGGUUCAGAGCGGUGUGAGAGAUGUGGGAGGAGUAAGAGGUGGAGAGGGGGGUGUAGGAGUUGCACGGGGUGGGGUGGGUGCAGGAGCGGUUAGGGAUGGUGCUGCUGGGUCAAAGGCUCCAGUCCCAGGGGAGCCAGGUGUGGCUUCACCUUACAUGCCACCGAAGCAGCGAUCUCAUGCACAGCGGGCAGAUAAAAAUGUGUGA